AUGGGGCCUUAUUGUUGGCUAGAUAUAGACAUUGAAGAAUGGAGCCGUAACUGCAAGCCUGAAAUUGUCGACCGAAUGGUUCGACUGUUGAUUCGUAGAAGCUGUGGUGCUCUCCGUAAACUUUGUGUUUCCGGUCUCUCCGGGGAUGAAAGCAUUCUGUUCAUUGCAAACCAUGCCAAAUAUUUACAGACAUUGCGACUGCCAAGUAGUGAAAUAAAUGAUUUGAUCGUGGAAAAGGUUGCCGGCAUGCUACCCACAAUUACAGUUUUGGAUUUGAGUUACUGCAGCAGCAUAGGAGCUCAAGCUCUUGAAGCAAUAGGGCGGCACUGUAAAUUUCUUACUAGUUUGCGGCGAAUAAUGCACCCACUGGAGGCGAUCCACAAGCUUUCCCAAGAUGAUGAAGCCCUCGCCAUUGCUAAUACAAUGCCCCGACUCAGGCAACUUGAGAUCGCCUACUUGCUUGUCAAUACGGCAAGCGUGAUUGAGAUUCUUAAAAACUGCAAACAGCUUGAGUUACUAGAUGUACAAGGUUGUUGGAGUGUAAACUUGGACAAGGAUUUUGUGAAAAAUUUCCCGGAUUUGAAGGUGAUCGGACCCCUAGUUGUGGAUUGUUAUGACAUGACUGGCUGGGAUAAUUGGUCGGAUUAUUCAAGCACUUCCGGUUACCUAGCCUGGGAUUUUGUCGCAGGGGAGAUUGAUGAUGAGAUGUUAGAUGACUUUUGGGAAGAUGACCAUUUUGUGGGGGACUUUGAAAUGUGGUUUUACGAUGAUGUUAAUGCUGUAGACGAGGGGUACGACUGGCCUCAAUCUCCUUGA